AUGCGGAACCUGGCUGCGCUGCUCCUGACCGCCGUCACCUUGUUGGCUUCCGUGUCAGAGGGCUGCCCAAUUCUGAAGGAAAAAGAGGCCAAACAGCUCCUGAGGUCCCGGAGACAGGACAGGCCAAGCAAGCCUGGAUUUCCUGAUGAGCCAAUGAGGGAGCACCUGCACCACCUCCUGGCCCUGGAGCACCACGCGGAGGAGCAAUUCCUGGAGCACUGGCUGAACCCCCACUGCAAGCCUCACUGUGACAGGAACACGGUGCCCCUGGUGUAGGGCUGGGCCCUGGUUUUGAUAAACAAUGACCUGGAUGAUGCUGAAACAGGACAAGGCUCCUUCCUCCAUCUGAAUUUAAACCACGGAAAGGGACAUCUUCAGGCCUCAUGAAGCUGUGGCCCUCCUGGGCGUGCCAAAGGUUGCCUUGGGGAUGGAUGGCCAAUCUGUAUUCUGCUUUGUUUUAUUAAUCUUCAUAAAUCACUGCAACCAAUAGCUUAAAGCGCACAGCCCCAAAGGCUUUCCUACUAGUUUGUAAGUGUGGCCAGAAUCGG